AUGCUUGCUAGAUUCUCGAGACUGUCUUUGAGCAACCACAGAAUCUUGCCAUACGCACUCGGUGCAGGCGCCGUUGCUGCCACUGCCUUCCUGUACUCUUACAAGUUUCACACCAUCUCCAAUGAGUCCCAGAAGGUGUUCACGGGUGACGGCUCGUGGAUAGAUUUGCCCAUCUCGAAAAUCCAGCAAGAAUCCCACGACACCAAAAGGUUCUUCUUCAAAUUGCCAUCGGAGGAUGCAGAGACUGGGUUGACUUUGGCCUCCGCUCUUUACACCAAGUUUGUCACUGAAAAGGGAUCCAACGUCGUCAGGCCAUACACGCCAGUGAGCGACCUCGGGGAUAAAGGUGGCUUUGAACUGGUCGUCAAACACUACCCAGACGGAAAGAUGUCAAACCACUUGUUCUCCUUGAAGGAGAAAGAUACUGUGUCGUUCAAGGGCCCAAUUAAGAAGUGGCAGUGGGAACCCAAUUCUUUCGACUCUAUUCUUUUGCUUGGAGCAGGGACCGGUAUCACCCCGCUGUACCAGUUGGCUCACCACAUUGUUCAAAAUCCAAAGGAGAACACUAAAGUGAAGCUGCUGUACGGUAACAAAACUCCAGAGGAUAUCCUUUUGAAGAAAGAACUAGACCAGUUGCAAAAGGAUCAUCCAGAUAAGUUUGAAGUGGUCUAUUUCGUAGACCAAAACAAGAAGUCGACCCCAUUCAAUGGCCAAGUUGGCUUCAUUACAAAAGAGUACAUUGAAAAGAAUACCGUAAAGCCCAGUGAGAAGACCCACGUAUUCUUGUGUGGUCCACCACCAUUCAUGAACGCGUACUCUGGUCAAAAACCUAAACCAGUUGAGCAGGGGGAAUUGACAGGUAUCUUGAAAGAACUAGGUUUCACCGCUGAUCAAGUAUUCAAGUUUUAA